AUAUUUCUAACAUGCAAAAUGAUACUAUAUGGAAGCCCCAGUAGCAAGUGAGAAAAAAAUCCCCUGAUCAGUGUUCUAACUCUGAUCAAAUUGUUUUCUCUCCUGUUAAGUCUCCUGUUGACUUAAGAAUACAUGGAAAAAUAUGUUUUGCUUCUUCAGUUCUAGGAUUUAAAUUAUGUUUUUAUCUUUUUUUUUUUAAUUUAUAAACAUGUGGUAGGCCCAACAAAACCUUAUGAUGGGCAUCAUCUCGGCCAAGACUGACCCAGGAUGUUAGGAUAAUGGUACAUGAACUUGGAUUUCUAUAUCUCUUUUCCAGUCCACCGUCAAGUUUUGUGAAGUUGUGGUGUCUAUAGUGAACAGCUCCUUGCUGAAUUGCCGUUUGAACACCAUUAUUUUAAAAAAAUAUAUGUAAAACCCCACAAUACAUCAUCUGAGUAUUGCAGCUUUGACAAGCUUAAAAUGAAUGAACAUUAAAAUAAAUUAAGGAAUAUGUUGAACAUCAGAAUCGAGAUUUUUUGUUUUGUUUAUAACCAUACAACUAUGACAUGAUAUUUAUUACAGAAAUGAGAACUGAUUAAUAAUGCUUUUAAUGUCAUAAUCAUAGACGCAGGCCAUACAUGAUACAAAUGUACAAUUCAAAAUAGGCCAGCUAUCUUAACGUAAACAAAACUCUGGCCUCCUUUACAUUGAAAAUGUAGUGGCAAAUACGUGUUCUUUCAAACACUUUUCAAGUUCUUGUUCGCAGUUACAUUGCAGCUCUGUUGAAAUGGUGUCUGUAGUCAAGGGGUGCCCAGACGGAUUUCUGGGCGGGGGCGAACACCUCUUGAACUCCAGGCUGGAUGCUAAAUGGUGCGCAUCCCCAUUUCCUAGUGGACUGACUUCCUGUGACACUACUCGGCUUACAUUAUGCAACAUAAUGCAUACUUGAAGAUCCUACAUGUUUACCGAACAUUUCUACCCCAAAUAAAUAAAACUGUGUACAUGGUGAUUUUUUUCCCCCUUAUUUUUCUGGCAAGCGAAAUGUGCAGGCUACAUUUAACCCAAUGGCGAACCAGCCUUGGCCUACGAGCUUCACUACCGGCAGCCCCGUCUUAUUGUAUGCCCCUCUCCUAAUAAAUGAUCAUAUGUUUCACACUUGGAUAAAUCUUUUCGAUAGUCUUGAGCAAACUGAAGAGGUAAGCAAACGGCUUGGCAGACAAGCGGCGACUCAACUGAAAAAAAACGGAAACAAGAGUGAAGCAUCUCACUUUUGUCAUUCUCUUUGGUUUCGAACGUCAAACCAGGAAGUGAAACAAAAACAAGCCAUCAGCAGAGACAGCCGCGUAUUAACAGCCUUCAAUUCAAUUAAAAAAACUUUAUUUGUCCCCCGGGGACAAAUUAAGCAUGCGUUUUUCUGUGCCAUUCACACGAAUGCGGCAGCUCAGAAGGUGGACAUGUUCAGGCCAAUAACCUUCCAGCUGACAGUAAAAGACCGACCUUUGUCAGGCCUGAGACCGCAUAGUCUCCGCUCCCGAUGCCGCUCUUUUUGCAUUUAUUGCACCGACCUGCCUGGUUUUUAAUCCGUUCGCAGGCCACAUUGGCCCGCUGUAAUUGUUCAGUCAAUUCGUCGAGAACCGUGAAUACAAGUGGAAGUUAGUUGACUUUUCCUCUCAAAACAUACCUUUUCAAACGAAUACACAUAUUAAGUUUUAGCGUAAGGCUGUAUCCGUUUCACAAUUCUGCCACUGUCACUUAAUGAUUAUGGAGCUCGUGCGGUGCUCCGGCGGAACACGCGCCGUGUCAGUCCGUCUCAGCGCACCUGUUCCACCCUCCGGAGUCGGCAGGUAGCCGGGCAGGUGGCUCAGCGGCAUGCGGUCUGAUGUGGAGUACUGCCCGGUGGGAGAGGGGCUGGGGAUGCGGGACUACUGGCUCUAUGUGUGGCUGCGGAGGGCGGCGGUGAUAGCUGCUCAUGUCACCGGUGUGGGCCUGACCCUCAUCCUCUCCCUGCUGUCCAGACCCGGAACCAGUCUGUUUUCUUGGCAUCCAGUGUGUAUGUCAGUCGCAUACUGCCUGUGUAUGACAGAAGGCAUCCUAGUCUUCUCAGCUGAAGGAUCCCUCUUCUGCUUUAAAUCUCGGAAGGGUAAAGUCCGUCUCCACUGGUUCUGUCAGGCCCUGGUGCUGAUAGCUGCAGCCACUGGGCUGGGCUUCAUGGUGGCCAGCAAGAAUGUGUCAGAGCGCCCCCACUUGGUCACCUGGCACAGCUUGUUGGGUACCUGCACAUUGGCUGCCACAAUGCUCCAAGCGGCUUGCGGUGUCUGCGUGAUCUUCCCUAAGCUUCUGCGUCUCUCCUCCACUCUGCCGAGGCUGAAGCUGUACCACGCCACCUGUGGUCUGGUGGUAUACCUGCUAGCCACAGUGACCGUGGUGUCAGCCAUGUUCUCAGACUGGUUCCAGGCCACGGUGAAAGGGGUUGCUUGGUGGGCCUUUCUCCUGCUGCCCUUCUUCCCCGCCCUGGUGGUGAUGAACCAGAUCACCAAUGCCUACCUGCCUCGUAAGAAGAUCAGCAGCUGAAACACACAUAGCAGGAGGCAGAUUCACUUCUGUAGCCCAUAGAGUCAAAUGAAAGUCCUACACCAAAGCAGCCUUUGAAGGCAAAAUAAGAAAGCAAAGAGCUUCACACAUUGGUUGUCCUAUAGACAGUAGAAGAAACAUGUUCAGAAAACAUUGGUACAAUCUUAUGAUCCUUAUUCCAUAACAGUGUGGAUGCUGCGUCAAACAGAAUAGCCAUAAUUUGCUAAUCCUUUUUUGACUUAUAUGAUAUAUUUGAUGUUUGACCUAAUCAGCUUUAUUGAUUUUUGUAAAUAUCUGCUUAUUCUGAAUUGAUACAGGCUACAGGUUUCAAACAAGUUGAGAGAGGACUAUGAAUGGGCCACCCUAAGCAGGACUUGGUUUCUGGGCUCAGAAACAUUUUUGUUCUGUUUUCAGUUUGUUUUAAAAUGAUCACAUUCUGUUUUUAUGUAGAACUUUAACACAGCAUCCCCACUCUUUUGGAAUCAGGGUUGUACCCCACAGACAUCUGAAGAGAAGUUUUGAAAUCUGGAAUUUAGUUGUAUUGUUUGUCAAGCUGGAGCCAGAAAAGUCUUCUUCUGCAGUAUCUGGGCAAAGCUGAGGUUGUGAACAUCUGAUACAGAUCAUUUGAUCUCAUUAAUGAUCAAUUUGCACUCUCAAAUUGAAUUGGUCCGCACACAGAUUUUUUAAUUUCUCCAGUGAAGUUAUUGUGAUUGUUAUUCGGGACUAAAGCUAUCAUAUCGCAUAGAAAAACCAGAGCAUUAGCAAGUUGCUAGUAGCUGUAGAUGGUCUUCCAUUUGAUAAAAUAAAGGAAUGAAAAAAGUCAUUUUAGGGUUCAAAAUGCCCAAAGUCAAAAAUUGGAUGGUAUGCAUAAAAAAAAGUUUCCCCUGACUCUUGGAUACUGUUCAGCAUAGUUUCUGAGAGCCCGCACCUGGCGGUCAGUAGAAGAACUGUAGCUUGAAACAUUACAAAUUCACCAUCGUCCAGCAACUGCUGGAAAAGCAAGCCAUUUUCAAAUUCAGUGACACUUUGCACAAUAAUAUGGACUAACAUGUCAAAUAUAGACACACAUGAAACACAGGACACAACAGGGUAUGUUAUCCUGACAGAGCUACUGGAGGCAAUUGCACAGGUGGAGCCUGUGGAUGCCUUUGAACUUCCUCCGUCUGUUGCCUCUCUAGGGGAGUAUUUGCACUACAUAGGCAAAAGUCAAAGAACAUGCAUGUUGACUGGUUUCUGAAGGGAUGCUUUGUCACCCCUGCUGCUCUUUGUGAAAGGACACAGCUUCAGUGAUGACAGUGUUUUUGAGGAUUAUAUACCAGCCUGUCCAUUUUAAAUCAUUUAUCCAUUAAUGAUGUUUUUGUGGUGUGUCUGUCUGACUGCUUAACUUACAUCAGUCCAUAUUUUAAUAUCAACACUGAUCCAAAUGAAGCAGCAUUAUGUGAAAGAGGUCACUUAUGUGUAUCUGAUGGUGCUGUGUUGGUGUUGUUCCUGGAACAUCAUUUGUAUUUAUGAACCAGCCUAGAAAUCCUCACCGAGAGAUGUGAAAUCAUUGAGUAGAUUAAGUAUAGGACUUCCACUCAUGAGAUCAAGGUUCAUGUUGCGUAUGGAACACACUCAUUUAACACAAAGUUCAGUUUUUUUGUUUGUUUGUUUGUUUGUUUGUUUUCAGGUUUCAUUCAGUAUUUUGUUGCUUUGGUCAGGUUUAAUGGAAAAAAAAAUGCUUGGUUUAGGAAAACAUUUUGGGGUUAAAAUAGAACCUUCUGCAUUCUAUUCCCACCAGUUGUUAAUCUGUGAUUGUACAAUAAUGUGAUUGAUUAGUUUCAGUGCUGGAGUAACAGUAGCAGAUCAUGCGCUGUCACUCACAGUCCAAUAGAGAAUUAUAACCCAGCCAUGUAUUAUGGCUGAUUGAAAAACACACCUUUUCAUUUUUAUCAGGGAUUAGAAUGAUUUAUUAGAUUGGUGAACAUUGGAAAGUUACCAUUAUCUUUAUCAUUGGUGUUAACAAUUGUUUUUUCUUACUGAGGCCUCAUUUGAUGGCAAAAUUACUAUCAUUGAUAACCCAACAAUGACACUUAUGUGAAAAGCUGCAUGUGGCACCUCUGGUUCAUGAGCUGGUAAUUUUCGUCAGUGUGGGCAUGUGACCCUUUUCUGUCUUGAAAGUGGCUGUUUGUGAGUCACGUUCUUUGUGUUAAACCCAAUCACCAGAAUAAUUGUUAGAUUAGUAUUCUUUUGCAACACCACAGUUAAGAUAAAUCUCAAAGUUUCUUCAUGUUUCAAACCUAUGUUUGUUAAGGUAACAUUUUCUACUGAACACUCCGCUUAGGUUGAAGCACAAAAAAUGCUUGGUUAGGUUUAGGGUUUGGCUUAAAAUUGCUUGUUUUGCUCACCAUAAAAUGGCUGAAACUUUUGGCAGGUCUCUUUCAAAAAACAUUCGACUUUGUCGCUACAAAUACGGCUGGUGACGAUCCACCUUCACAUGAAAAAUAGUGGGUCACCCGUUCACAGCCACAGUUCUGGCUUGUUAUACCUCCACCAUCACCACGUGUGAAAGUCAGCUAAUAAGCAUAUGAUGUGAAUGGGACUUACCACAUUUGGUACAAAUGUCAACCUUGGACUUAACCAUGGUUUGCUGAAAUGUUAACUGCUAACAUUAAAUCCAGGUCACUGCGC